AUGAAGGCCAGCGCCAUUCUUUUCUCUUCCCUCCUCACCCAGGGUAGCCUUGCGGCCAUCGCUGUGUUCGCGUCGGAGACAGCUGGCGGCACUGCUGGUCUCACCUUCGACGUCUGGUACUGGGACGGACCACCAGUCGAUGAUUGGGCCGACCGUACGCCCAAAACCUAUUGCAGACUUCAAGGAAGCUUUGACAGCUCAUGCGAGGUGUCUGGUUACAAAGUCGUUUUGCACUCGGCUAAUACCAAUGGUUGCAACUACGGCACCGACAUCAAAAGUGCCACGAUCACGACCUACAAGGGAGAGAGCAUUGAAGUUCCCUCUGACGGCUGCAAGGAAAUCAGUACCUGCGUCUCAAGCGGCCUUGGCGGUGUUAGCAUCAACGGCUGGCAGUGCGACUUCUAA